AUGCGUCAGUACAAUGCAGAAUAUAUUAAAUAUGGAUUCAUAGAAAAUUCUAUAAACCCAUGUAUGCCUUUAUGCCUUCUGUGUUCAAAAACAUUUUCAAAUGAAGCAAUGAAGCCCUCAAGACUUCAAGAUCAUUUGAAUAGAAUGCAUCCGGAUAAGAAGGAUAAAAAUGUUGACUACUUUCGAAAUCUGGAAAAGAUGUAUAUUGCUCAGCCUAGUGUGUCAAAACUUUUUUCUGUCGCUGCUAAGCAGGACGAUGACGGACUUCGAGCGUCAUACAAUAUCUCUCGGUUAAUUGCCCAAACAGGUAAACCACACACUAUUGGAGAAUCAUUAAUUUUGCCAGCAGUAAAAGAAGUUAUAACUACUGUGCUACAUAAACCAGCAGCAGAUAUAAUUCGUAAAAUUCCUUUGAGUAAUAGUUCUGUGCAAAGACGAAUUGAUGAAAUGGCUGAAAAUAUUGAAGAAUUAUUAUGCAAUCAUUUGAAGUCUUGUAAAUUUUCACUCCAAUUGGAUGAGUCUACUUUACCAAAUAAUGAAGCAUUGUUGUUGACUUACGUGAGGUUCAUUAAAGAUGAAGAAGUAUGCCAAGAACUUCUAUUUGUUAGAAAUUUAGAGACAGAUACAAAGGAGAAACCAUAUUCAAAACAUUGGAGAAGUUUUUUGAUGAGAAGAUAUUCCAUUGAAGAAUAUUAUAUCAGUUGCUACUGA